UCAACCACGAGAACAGAAACAAUCAGCCAGAUAUAUCAGCUGGAUAUGUGUGAGGGCGGAAGGUCGUCGGCGUCCAUGGCUCCCACGGCGAGCGCGUCGCGGCGACUGCCGGAGCCGGGCAGGGGCAGCCUCGCCGUGGAUGAGGCUGGAGGCGGGGUGGCGUCGCGGAGGCCGAGAGGAUGGAAGGCCGUCGGGUUCAUCAUCGGGCUGUACAUGGCGGUCGCCAUGGCGUUGAACGCGUUCGCCCAGCCCGUCACCAACUACCUCAUCAAACGUUACAACAUGAAGCCGAACGCCGCGACGAACGUGGCCAACAUCUUCAGUGGCACGUACAGCUUCUCGCCGGUGGUCGGUGCCUUCCUCGCCGACGCGUCAUGGGGCAGGUUCCGCACCCUCCUGUUCGGAGCCGCCGCCGCCUUUGUUGCAAUGGUGGUCAUCACACUGUCGGCGACGAUCCGUCAGCUCAAGCCGCCGUUGUGCGGCGACGUGGCCCGGCAAGCCGGCGAGUGCGCCGGGCCGUCGGGCCUCCACCGCGCCGUGCUCUACAUCGGCAUGGCGCUGCUCGUGGUGGCCACGGGCGGCGUCAACCCGACCAGCCUACCCUUCGGCGCCGACCAGUUCGACUUCGACGCGAGCAGCAGCGGCGAGCGGCGCGAGGAGCCUGCAGGGCUCAAGCGCUACUACAACUGGUACUACGUCGUCACCAUGAUGGCCGCGUUCAUGGCGCUCACCUUCAUCGCGUACAUCCAGGACAGGGUGAGCUGGGGCCUCGGCUUCGGCAUCCCCACGGCGCUCAUGCUCGUCACCUUCGUCGUGUUCCUCGCCGGCACGCCGCUGUACGUCUACCUGCCGGCCGAGGGUAGCAUCUUCUCGAGCGUCGCGCGGGUGCUCGUCGCGUCGUGCCGGAAGUGGAGGCUCCGGCUGCCUCACCCCCGCGACGCGCGGCAGCAGGAGGCGGCUCUGUACAGUCCUGUCGUCGUCGGCACCGGCCGUGUCUUCAAGCUCCCGCUCACGUUGCAGUUGAGCUUUCUCAACAAGGCGGCCAUCGUGACGGACGCCGGCGAGAUACGGCCGGACGGAUCUCCGACGAGGCCGUGGAGCCUGUGCAGCGUGCAGCAGGUGGAGGAGGUGAAGUGCCUAGUGAAGGUCGUCCCCGUGUGGAUCUCCGGCGUGAUGUGGUUCAUCUCGGUGGCGGAGCUGACCAACUACACAUUCCUCCAGGCUCUGACUAUGGACCUCCACAUGGGCAAGAGCUUCACCAUCCCGCCGGUGUCGAUCGCCGCCAUAUUCAACCUCGCCAUCAUUCUCUUCGUGCCCGUCUACGACCUGCUCAUCGCCGGCGCCGCGGAGCGCGUCACCAAGGUGGAGGGCGGCAUCACGGUGCUCCAGAGACAGGGCGUCGGCCUGGUGAUAAGCGGGCUGGCGCUCGUGGUCGCGGCCAUCUUUGAGCGCAAGCGCCGCGCCUCUGCCCUGGACAACAGCGGCGCGUCGCCAAUGUCCGUCUUCCUCCUCGCGCCGCAGCUCGCCGUGAUGGGCAUCUCGGCGGCGUUCACCAUGAUCGGGCAGAUGGAGUUCUACAACACGCAGUUCCCGGACCAGAUGCGCACCCUCGCCAAUGCGGCGUUCUACUGCGCGCAGGGCGCCAGCAGCUACCUCGCCACGCUGGUGGUGAACGUCAUGAACGCGAAGACGAGGCGGCGCGGCGGAGGGCAGGGCGGCUGGGUCCCCGACGACAUCAACGGCGGGAAGCUGGACUACUUCUACUACGCCAUGGCCGUGUUCACGGCGAUCAACUUCGUCUACUUCCUCCUCUGCUCGCACUUCUACCGCUACAAGGGCGAGCUGCCGGAGGCUGAGUCGCCGCCGGCCACUCCAGAGGUCGCCCUCCUGAAGCACUAGCUACCAAGAUUGGCUUUGCAGAAUACCAUUAUACCAUUGAUUCAUUUCUAGCUAUGAUUAAUAAUAAA